AUGCAGGAUAAGGAACGCGCUCAAUCUCCAGCUGUCACUAAUCAUGAACUUAUUUUUGAGAUCCAAGCCGCCCUAGACCUUAUCGACGAAGAAUUUUCCGAUGUCGCAGGCGAGCUAUCAAGUCUCCCAGAAGGAGAAAUUACAUAUGACUUACUCUGGACUCUAUUCCCUCCCAGAUCGUUCGUGACCGCUCGAGAUACAUUUGGUCAACAGCUUGUGCAUCGUGUUAGGGCGACGAAGUUCGUUUCCUUGCCUAAUGGAAACCCGGAGUGUUUUCAGAUUGCGGCAGAUUACAUUGAUUCCAACGGCAAAAAGACGGGGUUUGUUCCAGUCAUUAUGCUCCAAAUCCCUGCCUUUCCAAGCUCGAGAUUAAUAUUGCAGUUGCGCCAUUACCCAUUCAAUAUUCGACCAAGUUAUCUCGAAGAUCGAGGGAUUCUGAUCUCUAGGGCGGAUAAAGUGCUGCGCCUGUAUGGACAGCAUCUUCUAGAAUACCAGGGCCGUGCCAGCAGAGAUCCUUCAAAUCCGCAGGGUGCUAAAUUCAACUCUCAUGGCCGAAUUGUUCUUGAUCCCACAACGCUCAAUCGAGUCCAGCCAAACAGCAGACUCAUUCCACACAUCGUUCAGUCUUUGUCGGACCUCACCGACGAUCAGAAAUUGCUCGUGAACCCUGUGCUCUAUGGCUUUAGCCUUGGGGAUAAGAUGUGGGGAGCUUUUGCUGUAACAUGGCUCCACGAUAUCGAAUGGAAUGACAACAUUCUUAACGAUUUAGUCAUUUCAGAUGACCAAAAGCAAUUCAUGCGUGCUCUCGUGGAGUCACAUUCCACAAGCGGCUUCGAUGAUUUUGUCCGCGAUAAAGGCAGGGGGUUAAUUGGCCUCUUGGCCGGCCCGCCAGGCGUGGGCAAAACGCUCACUGCGGAAGCUGUGGCGGAGAUAGCCCGGAGACCACUUUACACGAUCUCUUCUGGCGAAAUUGGUUCGCAGCCAGAGUCAGUGCAGAGCGGACUUGACACCCUUAUGGAGCUUGCUGAGGCAUGGCAUGCUGUCGUGCUCCUGGAUGAAGCUGACGUGUUCCUCGUUGAACGAGACGACACUAACCUAGUCCGCAACGCUAUCACAUCUAUAUUUUGA